AUGGCUGCCUACGGCAAACCCUGGUGGGAAGCAUUUCAUUAUUAUAUAAAGAAGAAUUUAGAACAUGUUAUUAACAGUCACAACAACAUUCCCAUUAUUUGUCGUUGGAAUUUUCAUAGUCGUAAUGUCUGGAUAUCAAGAUGCAUAUACUAUUUCUUCUAUCCUAAGUUUGAUAAACUUCUAGAUGCUCGGGUAUGGAUAGAAGCAACUUUAAUGGCAUUCUAUACGUUGUCAUUUGGAUGGGGAGCCAUUGUAUUGAUCGGAUCACAUGCAGACUUUAAGGAAAAUUGUUUAAGAACUGCUGUUAUAGUACCGAUUAUUGACAUGAGUAUGGCUGUUUUCAAUGGAAUGGUUUGCUUUUGUAUACUUGGAAAUAUGGCGCAUGCGUACAAUGUCCACAUUACAGAGGUUAUCAAUGCAGGUAUGGCAACGGGAAUGGUUGCUUACAUCACAGCCUUGUCUUCUUUCCCCGUUCCGCAGCUUUGGUCUGUGUUAUUCUUGGUUUCCAUGCUAUGUACAGAUAUCGACGCACAGUUACUUCCGCUGGAAAUGAUAAUGCAGUUGCUGGGCGAUGUAUUCCCCAGCGUGAAGUCGGGUUACAGGAUUAAGGCCCUCAUUGUAGUAUCGAGUUUAAUGUUUCUACUUGCAUUACCUACAUGCACAGGGAGCGGCGGGUAUUUGUUUCUGUGGCUUGACUGGUACAGUGGGGCGUGGCUUGGACCAAUUGUUGCUUUUGUAGAAGUAUUCGUUGUUUCCUGGAUAUAUGGAUUGGACCGAUUUAGCGAUGACGUGUAUUUGAUGAUAGGAAAACCCAUUCCGGGAAUUCUGAGAUUUGGACUCGCAUUUGUAUCCCCUAUCGUGGUUUCUGUAAUAUUCUUCACAAGUUUGGUAGAAUAUGUACCGCCAAAGUACGGCUCAUACUCCUAUCCUACAUUAGCAAGGAUCCUGGGCUGGCUGCUGGUUGCUAUAAUCAUGAUGCCUAUCGUAGGACAAGCUGUUUAUAUUGUAAAGAAAACGGAGGGCCCUUUUUGGAAGGAAAUAGUUGGCCUUCUUAAGCCAUUAAAUACAUGGGGACCACACGAAGAAGCGCAUGGAGCAAAAUACCAAGCGAAGAAAUCAAAAUACUGUAACAGGACAUUUCAGGAUUUGUUUUAUUACAACGUGUUUGGGAAAUACAGACAGUCCUCCGCUAUGAAUGUUGUUUUGGCUCAAGAAAUGGACAAUCUGAAGACAUAACGAAAGAAAUUAAUAUAGUUGUGGACUGAAUAAAAUGCACUUUAUGUUUCUGUUUGCUUUUUUAUCUAACAAAAUGUAAUGAUAUUAAAUAUUGACAGUUAUAACACCAUAUUAGAGGAUGAUGAAAUCAUUACAUAGGGCCUAACUUCCUGCCAUGUCACAUCUAACGGAUAUUCAGCUAGUACUACAUAGGUCAAAACCUAAGAUACAUCGAAAGAUAAACUACUUAGUACUACAACACAGGCCACACACGUUAUCCGGAGAUUUAAUAGAUCAAAAGGAUUUAAAAUUACCAAGACAACACAUUCUUUACAAGUUUCGACUUUUAUGUCUUUGCCAGAAAUAACAACGUACAAUACAAACGACGUCACGUUCGAAGAUUUGAGAAAUAUUUUGAUUGUUUGUGUUCUUGACAUUUAUUAUUUUUCAUGCAGUGUUACUGAGAUGUAUAUACAUCUAUGGUGUAAGUUUGUAAUGCAAUAAGAUAUGUUUAGACCACAAAAAAACCAGAUCAUUUUGUGUCCUUUAAAUGCAGAAAUUAAAAUGUUUUGGUAUGUAGUUACUUCAAGUCAUAUGCGUAUAUUCGAAUAUUUAUUCUGACAAUGAAAAAGUGUUGAAAAUGCCAUUAAAUGAUUGGAAAAUUU